AGGUGAAAGAGGGGCAGACAAAAAUGUAUAUGAAGAAUAAAGCUGAAGGAAUUGGAUUGGACUAUGCUUCAAGAUAUGUAUUAUUUAGGAAGUGGGCCUUUUAUCUAUGUUUUGUAUGCUUUUGUGCUGGCAUGCUCUUUACAAACAGGUUGUGGAUAGUGCCUAUGGCUAAUGGUGUUGCACUGAAAUCUUAUGAUCAAGAACUUGCGAAAACCGAAACAUCUGGUGCAAGGCCAGAGGAGUUUUCAAGAUCCCAGCUGAGUAUUCAGACACUUGCUAGGAGCAUUUCAGAUCUGGAGACGAAACUUGCAGCUGUAACGACCGAUCACGAACCGACUUCCAAAAGAAAGUAUCUAGUGGUUGUAGGAAUCAAUACAGCUUUUACUAGCCGAAAACGAAGAGAUUCGGUUCGUGCAACAUGGAUGCCACAAGGUGAUAAGAGAAAGAAGUUGGAGGAAGAGAAAGGCAUAGUCAUCCGUUUCGUUAUCGGUCGAAGCGCCACUCCUGGCAGUAUGCUCGAUAUGUCGCUUGACGCGGAGGAGCGCCAACAUGGAGACUUUUUGAGACUGAAUCAUGUCGAGGGCUACCUCGAAUUAUCGGCCAAGACGAAAACUUACUUCGCUACAGCUGUUUCUUUGUGGGAUGCUGAGUUUUAUGUCAAAGUCGACGACGACAUCCAUGUGAACAUAGGUGCGCUCGGAACAACUCUGGUAGGACAUCGUAAUAAGCCUCGGGUUUACAUCGGUUGUAUGAAGUCCGGACCGGUACUCUCGAAUAAAGGAGUAAAGUACCACGAACCGGAGUAUUUACGAUUCGGGGACGAGGGAAAUUUGUAUUUCCGUCAUGCUACAGGACAGUUAUAUGCAAUCUCGAAAGACUUGGCUACUUACAUCUCGCGCAACCAGGAUGUGCUGCACAAGUAUGCCAAUGAAGACGUUUCAUUAGGAUCUUGGUUGAUUGGUUUAGAUGUGGAGCAGGUGGAUGAUAAGAAACUGUGCUGUAGUACCCCGAUCGAUUGUGAGACAAAAGCUUUGGGAGGUGAAGCUUGUGUAGCUUCAUUUGAUUGGAGAUGCAGUGGGAUCUGCAACUCAGUUGAAAGGAUGAGUGAAAUUCAUCAGAAGUGUGCUGAAAAUGAGACUUCUUUAUGGAGUUCAAGCUUUUGAAGACUCAACAAACAAGGAUUUUAUGCACUUGAAUGAAAGUACACAGAAAUGCUGUCCUCAUUUUUUGGUUUGCCUUUAAUCUAAGUUCGAA